UGUGAUAAAUGGCCAGGAGAUUAACACCUGUCCGGACAAGUGGUGUACGGGACAGUAUGCUCCCAAAUGCGAUGUUCAAUCCGAUCACUGCAAGGGAAAGGAUAUGAAAAUAUACAAAAACGCUACGAUAUGCGGAUGUUGUCACCUAUGUCUACGGGAAUUAAAGGUGGGCGAGGAGUGUGUCCAGGAUAUGGCCGGAUCCAUACCCGGCACCGUUUGCGGGCCGCACCUCAAGUGCGCGAAAGCCAAUAAGAAAAGCGUGUGCACUAAAAUAUCUGACAUAUUGGUGCCGUCGGGCAGGUCGUGCGAGAAGGAGGCGAUAGAAGUGAGCGAAAUAACGGCCGGCCCUCCGAAGCCAGACUGCGAUGAGUUCGGCGACUAUGCGCCCAAACUGUGCCGAAACGGGACUCUGUGCCAUUGCGUGGACAAAAAGGGGAACAGGAUCUUCGGGUCAGCCACCUAUGACAAGGCCUCUGACAUGGAUUGCUUGUGUUCGCGACAGUUCGCCGAAGUCAACGACCAGUUGUCUGCCAUGAACUUCAACAUCGAUCCCGUCUUCUUCCCGAAAUGCCAAUCCAACGGCAACUUCGAGCCCUUCCAAGUGGUCGACAACUAUACCUAUUGCGUGAACACCACCAAAGGCGAGGUGUUAGAGAGGGCUGUGGGCAAGCGAGACGUGGAUCAGUUGUCUUGUAAGAAACAGCGAUACGAUUACGUGAGUGAGUGCGAGAAGGAGUACAUGAAUGCCACCAAACAGAUCAGGGAGAGGGAGGACGAGGGCCAGUUGGUGGUGGGCUGGGAUGUGCCCAAGUGUGACAUCGACGGCACGUUCGCGCCCGUCCAGUGUCUCAACCAAUUCUGCUAUUGUGUCAACAAAAAGGGCGAGAAAUACAGAGGAACUCAAGUGGACAGGAAUGACAAGUUGGCCAUCAAUCAGACCUGCAAUUGUGUCCGCGAAAUGGAGUUAAUCCGCGACAUCGAGAAGAAGAGUUGGGACAAAGUGACGGAUCUGUUCGCGCAGUACCGGUGCGAACGGAACGGCAAUUAUCUGGUGCUCCAGUGCACGGAGUCCGCCUGUUAUUGCGUGAACCCCAACGAUGGUUCACAGAUACCGCCAUCACGGCUCAAGACCAAUGUCAAGGACAUCAGGAAGUUACCCUGCUACAAGGAGUACGAGCACAAGUACCAGGACAUCGACUUCCUACAUAAGACAUACCCCGAUGUCUUUUAAGCCAUGCAUGCAUUUAAGUGUUAUUUUGUUUGAUUUUUUGUGUCAAUUAUGUGUGAAUAAUGCGAACAAAUAAAAAACUUUUUUUAAUUAA